CUGCAAGUGGUCAAUAGUUCUUGACAACGAAGCAAGGCCACAAUACGUUGUGCUGGUACAUAGAUCUGCCUUUCCCGCGAGGAGCAGGUUCCUGAAACCGUUGGUAUUUGUGAACCGGUCGUCGCGAAACCCUAUCUUGAUCAUGCCUUGGCAGUGAUGCCAUUCCACUGCGACCUAAUAUAAUGAUUUCUGUCCGCAUUUUUCUUCGUGCUUCGAACAAUAUCGGACUGUCUACCUUCGGAAAUGUCGCACAUUACUUCCAUCUCUGAUGCAAUGGUGAAAAAAGAGGAGAAAAGUAGUUCGGAAGCAUCCAUCCCUCUCGAGGGCGUAUCUCCAGCGUUUCCUAUCCAGCGGGCUGAAAACAUGUCCAGCGACGCCGGAGACCCACGUAAUUGGCCCGUUUGGAAGAAAAAUGUUCAAAUCUUAAUGGUCGCUUUCCAUUCCAUGGUGGCGACCUUCAUGGCCGCGGGUAUUAUCCCAGCAUUUGAUGCUAUGGCUGAAGAAUACGGCGUGACGGUGCCAGAGGCGAGCUACCUAACAUCGAUACAAAUCCUGGUAUUGGGGCUCACGCCAUUCCUUUGGAAACAGAUUACCUGCAUCUACGGUCGAUACCACGUGUCGCUGGUCUCCGUACUAGGUAGUCUGGUCUGCAAUAUUGGUGGAGCUAGGUGCACCACGUAUGGAGCACAGAUGGCGACGCGAGUUCUCACUGCCAUACUCAUCUCACCCCCAAUUGGCAUUGGAAGCGGUAUCAUCACGGAGCUCUGUGAGCCUGAAGAAAGAGCACAGAAGCUGGGUUGGUGGACAUUGAUGACCACGCUUGGAACUCCGGCGGGGCCGUUUAUCAUGGGUUUCGUCGCAAAGCAUAUAGGGUUUGAGUGGAUUUACUGGAUCUAUGUUAUAAUCAACUUCGUGCAGUUUCUCGCUUACCUACUGCUGGGCGAGGAAACGAUAUAUGUCCCCGGGGAUGCUACUGGUGGUGGUAAGCGUGGCCCCACGAGCAAGUUCAUCCCUCGCCGAAUCGAUCCACGUCCACUGAAGCCUCGCGAGUUCAUAGAGUCGAUCUUCUUGUCCCGAUAUCCGCGAAUCCUGAUUCCUACGAUUGCUCAGUGUGUUGUCUUUUGCUAUGCCAAUACGGCCAUCAUCGUUGAGAUGCCCAUCGCCUUCGGCCAAAAGUUUCAUUUCGACGCUCAGCAGAUCGGGCUGCAGUAUAUUGCAGUGAUUAUCGGGAGUCUAAUCGGGGAACAAGUGAGCGGGCCUAUGUCAGACUGGUUCAUGAAAGCUCUGAGUAAAAGAAGAGGCUACUUCCGACCGGCUAAUCGCUUAUGGCUUUCGUACAUUGGGUUCGCAACAGUCAUCGCGGGACUCUUGGUAUGGGGGUUUCAACUGGAUAAUGCCACAUCGUGGAACGUUACUCCCUGUGUAGGUGCGGCUAUUGCGAGUUUUGGGAAUCAGAUCCUGACCACCAUUCUCAUCUCAUUCGCGGUGGACUGCUACAAGGACCAAUCGACCGAUAUCGGUGUGUUUGUUAACUUCGUCCGCCACGUCUAUGGAUUUAUCGGACCGUUCUAUUUCCCUCCCAUGUUUAAAACGCUGAAUCUGGGUGGCGCUGCCGGGGUCAUGUGCGCAAUCAUUGGCGUGUGUGCUUUGGGCCCUAUCGUCGCGAUGCAUGUUGUCGCUAAUCGUAGAAGUCAAUGAUGGAGGAGUAACAACGAACUGUGAUGUAAACUUGUUGCACAAACCAGCAAUGAUUCGCAUUAGCAACGUCCCAGACGGGAGAUGGAAUGUCACAGAUGUAUCAGGGUGCGUAACACGGAAAUAAGCCCGUUUCCAUCGUAGAGAAGACGAGUAAAGUGAAGCGCUUCUCGAUACAAUUCACUGGCUAGCUUGACAUAGCAUAGAGGAUCUUGGCCACUUUUCUAGUGUAAGUUACUGGGCACGCUGUUCAACCAUGACAUGUCUUGGAAAUCCAGCCAAUCAAAGCCUUCCAUGAAGAUAGCAUUCAUGCCCUCUCCAAGAGACAUGUCAUCGACUGCAUUGGACGCGGUACUUUGUUGCGGAUGACCGGCGGAGGGUUCAUGAGAUGGGGCCCGUUCUGACACUACCCUUUCAUAGAGGAUUUCUAGAGCCGCUACACAUCGACGUGCAGAUGUGCUGUAACUCUGGUACUUCCGAAGAAUUUCCAAAGCAGAGUUCCAAGAUCUUGUAAUUCCAGCCUCGGUCACUUCGACCAAAACUGCGGGACAAAGGUAGCCUGCUAUUAAGACUGUGGCAGCCGUAUAUACAUCUAUGAUAUUGUACCACCAAGCUGGAAGAGGGCCUGCAGACCCGUCCG